GGCGUUACCAUACCGCAACCAUCGUUUGCUCUCCUUACCCCUGUCCCUCCCUUUUUUAGCCGCCUCAUCGGUCAUCGGUACAUACAGUCAGCCACGCUUCCCAUAUACCCCCCGCAAUCAACUCUGUCACGUUUGUUUCGGUCCCAAUUUGCACCCGUUGCUUCCAUCCUGUCCCACGUCGCCUCGCUCUCACUAAUAAUGCUACUGUUGCUGUCGUCGGGAAUAUACACGGCUAUGCCACUUCUUCCCCCUGGUCGGAUCCCUCAGCACCGCUCCCUCCUGUACCGCUUUAUUGGCCUCCCUAUUCUUCUCAGCUCACCAUGCGUAUCGGUUUUGCGCCUAUGCCCCACGCCGCUCACUUUUGCGUUUUAGAUCUUUUGUUGUCUUAGGCACAUGC